AUGAGAAGGACAGAGCGGCCCGGGCCGGCGGUGCCCUCGCCCAUAGCCCGCCUUCUGGGCGACGACGACGAGGGACAGCUGGAGCCCCAGAACAGCAUCGUCCUGCAUUCCAAGCUGGCUGGCUACAGAAGCAGCAUGGCGGAGCCCUACUUCAAGACGCGGCAGCAGAGGGCGGCCAAGGCCGGGGACGGCGGCGAGAUGGUGCAGAUGCGCAAGAAGACCGCCGCCAUGGGCCGCGACUUUGCCAGCCUGCUGUCGGCGCACGAGCGGCAGGAGGCCAGCGUGGGCGACCUGCGGCAGAAGGUGCGGACUCUGCGGGCGGAGCUGGAGCAGCGGGACAAGGCGCUGGACCUGGCGCGGCGCACCGUGGACCGCCUGAACGCUGACAAGGGGCAGCUGGAGGCGGGGGCUGCAGGCACGCAGGCGUAUGUGCGCAGGCUGGAGGCGCGGCUGCUGUCGGUCAAGCACGCGGCGGAGCUGCAGCAGCGCUGCUCCCAGUACAAGUCACAGCUUGACCAGAUGGCACAUGCGGUGCACGAAACCGAGGCUCGGGCGACGGCGGCAGAGGCGUCGGCCCGUCAGUCGCAACUGGAUGCAGCCUGCCUGAAGCGCGGGCUGGAGCUGGCGGCAGAGCAGCUGACCAAGAGCGCCGGGGCGGAGGUGCCGGGCACGCUGCUGAGGGCAGUGGCGCGGGGCCAGGAGGAGGCGCUGGGGCUGUCCAUGCAGCUGUCUGAUGCCAAGCAGCAGCUGGCACAGGUUUCGACGGCGCUGGAGCAGGCGCGGGAGCACCUGCAGGCGCAGCAGCAGGCGCUGACGCAGCACCAGUCGGAGCGCCAGCAGCUGCUGCAGCGGGCCGAGGCAGCUGAUGCCGCGCUGGAGAGGCAGCGGGCGGCAACCACGGAGCUGCGGCGUGUGCUGGAUGCACUCAAGCCCAAGGCCGGUGCCCUGGCCGUAGAGCGCGACUCCCUACUGCAACAGCUGGAGCUGGAGCGCACGGCGGCGGCCGAGGCUCAGAAGGAGGCCAAGCAGCUGCGGGCAGCGCUGCGGCAGAAGGCCACCAUCGAGGGCGCGCUGCGGGAUGAGCUGCGGCGGGCGCUGGCAGGGGAAGGCCUGACGCCCAGCCCCGCCGCAGCCAAGCAGCGGCGGUCACCUGCAGCAGCAGGGCCGCGGGCAGCAGGCUUAGCGCCGUCGAGGAGCGGCAGCAGACUGCGCCAGCAGCAGCAGCAGCAGCAGCAGCAGCGCCAGGCAGCAGCAGCAUCCUCCUCCGUGCAGCCCAGCAGCAAGCGGGUGGGAUCGCCUGGGGCCCAGUCGGCUCACAAGGUGGUGGUCAGGCACGCGUCUGCUUGGGAGCAGCAGGAGCUUGCACAGCAAGCGUUGCUUGGCACUGGCAGCCUGAGCAAGGGCCAGGGGCAGCAGCAGCAUGGCGGAGGCAGCGGCAGCGGCGUCAACAGCUCUGGCAGCGGCGGCCUCAUCCCAGCAGAGCCCUCGCCGACCCGCGCACUGCUGCGGUUGCAGGAGCAGCGGCGGCAGCAGCAGGGCAGCCGGUUAGGGAUGCAGCAGCAGCAGCGCCAGGAGCAUCCGGUGGGCUGGGAGGAUGCCGUGGCAGGCUGGCAGCUCGAUCUGGCAGAGCCGUUGGCAGCAGCGGAUGCAGCGAAUCCCAGCGCUAAAGGCAGGGGCGGCAGGCUCGAGCUCGAGAGCUGCGGCGAGCUGCUGAGCCCGCCCAGCAGCGGCGCCAGGCCGGCUGGCCGCCCGCACCACCAUCAGAACCAGGCUCUGCAGCAGCAGAAGACGGCCUUGCCGGCGGCAGCGGUGCUGCCGGUGCAGGACGGCCGCCUGAUGCAGCUGUACUCUGUCGCGCUGGAUGAGCAGAUUGCGGCGCUGGAGACUGACCUGGCGCAGCUGGGUGUGGCGGGCGCUGCUGCCCUUGCGGCACAGCUGCCGCCAAAGGGGCCUGGCGACGCUCCGACGGCUGACCCUGCCGGCAAGCAGCAGGCGGCGGUGCCAAGCGCUGAGCUGGGCAGCAGCUGCGGCGCUGCCAAGGCUCAGGUGCAGCUGCCGGGUGGGGCUGAGGCCCCCGCCCUGCGGGAGCAGCGCCAGCAUAAGGAGGGCCAGUUGCAGGGCGCUAUUGGCGCGUGGCGGCCCAACAGCACAUUUGAUGCUGCCUCGCCGGCAGGGCAGUCUAUGCAGCGGCUGAUGAGCUCCGGCGGCGGUGCUCCCACGCUUGCUGGCAGCACCAAGCUUCCAGUGCCAACCGUGUGGCACAGCAACCCGCUGGCGGCCUCCCCUCCCAAGCGGCAGCGUGAGGAGGUGGCAGAGGAUGAGGAGAGGUCCCUGCCCGAGCAGCUUGCAGACGGCGCGCUGACCAUUCGGGCGCGCCCUGCUGCCGCCGCUGAUCAAGCGCCAGCAGCAGCGCCGCGCGCGGCUGUGGGCAGCGGGGAGGCUGAUGCUGAGAACGAUUGGGUCUGGGCUCAGCUGCGCUCCAGCACGGCUUCUCCGGAUGGCUGCAGCAGCGACCGGGCAGGCUGGCAGCAGCCGCAGGACGCAGCAUUGCCAGAGGCGGCGGCAGAGGUGGGCGCAGGCAGCGCAGCCAGCAGCCCCAGCCUGCGCAUGCCCGCCACAGAGUGGUCUGAGCAGCAGCAGGGGGAUGAGGAGCAGCAGAUGGCGGUUGAGGAUGAGCAGUCCGAGUUUGAGCUGCAGCCUCACGCCGCCCCCUCGGCAGCGGUGCCAGCUGCCAGCGCGGCCAGCCAGGGAGGCUCCGACAGCGGUGGCGGCGUGCGCUCGCUCAGCCACCACUGGGACCUGCCCAGCCCCGGCCCCGGCAACUCCGACUGGCUGAGCACCGAGUUCGAGCCAGACAUCGAGCAGCUGGAGGUGAACAGCAGGCUGACGCCAGCAGCACAGCGCCCCCAGCAGCAGCAGGGUGAGACGGAGCGCGAGGCGGCGGUGGCCGCGCUUGCGGAAGGAGGUGGCGCCUGGGAUGGCUCUACGAUGCCAGGCUCGCAACCACAGCAGGGGCACCAGCAGGCGCAGCAGCUGCCAGACCGGCCACCAAGCAGCGGCAGUGGCGGCGGCUGGGCCUCGCAGUGGGGCAGCAGCUGCGGCAGCGAUCCAGGGGAAGGCGCGCCGCUGUUGGUGCUUCCCCGCAGCCAGGGCCAGCAGCACCCGCGUUCCGUCCCGCUGCUUCCCGGCCUGGCGCUUGUGUCCGACAGCCCCGAGCCGGCGCCUGCCAGCCGCAGCCCGCAGGUGCCAGCCCCGCAGCAGCCGCCACCGCCACAGCAGGCUCAGACACAGCCCCACACACUGUUUGACUUGGCUGGCAUGGACAUGGCCGACUUUCUUGCCUGA